GUCCCAGCAAGAAAUGUUUUAGUUCAUCAGGAUUAGCCCUGAGGAUGAAGUGCCUUUGUUUGACAUUCUCUUUUCUAUUUGUGAAUAUUGUUCACUCUAUGCCUAUCUCUACUCAAAAUCAAGCAAUGAAAAUGUCUCAAAAUGACUUGAAUUAUGCACAGAAAUACAUUAAACAGUUCUAUACCUUUGGGCGUGGUUCAAAAAGUCUCAUAGAAAGUAAGGACUCCUUAUCAAGAAAGAUUAAAGAAUUGCAAAAAUUCUAUGGACUGCAGGAAACAGGGGAACUGAACCAGGAAACAAUAGAAAUAAUGAAAGCACCUCGAUGUGGUUUUCCUGAUCUCGCUCACUAUCAACUCUAUCCAGGGAGACCUCGAUGGAUGAAGCCAUUUGUCACAUACAAUAUAGUGAACUAUCUACCUCAACUAAGCUACAUUGAGAUAGAAGAUGCCGUAUGGAGGGCUGUGAAUAUUUGGCAAAAAGAAACCCCACUGAAUUUUGUCAGGGUCCAUGAUAUGGAAGCUGAUAUCAUGAUUUCCUUUGAAGGACGUGUUCAUGGUGAUAGUUUUCCAUUUGAUGGACGUGGAGGGACUUUGGCUCAUGCAUUUUCACCUGGGCCGGGAAUUGGAGGGAACAUUCACUUUGAUCAGGAGGAGAAUUGGACAUUGGACCGCAAUGGUGUCAACUUAUUUCAUGUUGCUGUCCAUGAAUUUGGUCAUGCACUGGGGCUUGGUCAUUCCAGCCGUCGCUCUUCUGUGAUGUAUCCCGCAUAUAAAUACGAUCAAUCAAAUAUAUUCUCUCUUUCAUGGGAUGAUAUCAGAGCAAUACAGAAUCUAUAUGGCUGUGAGGCAGCAGCUGGGACCCAGCACGAGCCCAGAUGGUGGCAGCAGUCAGUCAGUGAUUACUGCCCAUUGGCGAAGGAUGGGCACAGCAACUGGGUAGUGGUCAGGGCUGAAGCCUUGCGAGCAGCGGUGAAACCUGGCGUGAUCCGGGUGGGUCUUAGCCCAGUGAGGGGAGAGCAAACCCUCUUGGGGUAUGCCCAGCUUGGAGCAUCUGCAGGCCCAUGGCUUAAGAAAUAA